AGCAGUUCGAAUUCAGAUCGUGAAGUUGUGGAUGUUGUAAUGUUGUUCAAUUGGAAGGAUUUGCUUGUUGAAGCUGAUUUCAGUAGACCUGCUUUUAGAAAACCAGCUUAUGAUGUUGGAAUUCGUACAUACAUUCCAAAUUCAAAUAUCUAUCAUUUCACUGUUUGUUGCACUGAGCAAAAUUUAUCACAUCGAAUAGAAAAUAUGUUUACUUUGCAAAGGAUGUAAACCACAUUGUUGUUCCAAGUAUUCAGAAUUGCAAUCAUAUUUGGUCAACAUCGGUCACUGUCAGUUAAAGUAGCGAUGCGAUGUAUAUUCAGUGAUAUUCACUCCCAAUGGUUAUCAUCAAAUUUCAGCAGAUGGAAAUAUGGAAGCGAAAGCUAUCUCAUAUCGAAUUUUCUUGGUGGUCAAGAGCGAGGGUCGUUUGGAUUGUGGUACAGUACCAGUAUCCCAUAAGGAUUAUGAUGCAAAAAAAGGAGAUCGAUAUCCUACAGCGAAACCCAUAGAUUCGAAUAUUUUGUGCGGAGAUAGUUCAUUUAUAGGUAAGACGGAGAAAAAUGCCGAUUAUAUGGGUCGAAAAGGAGAAAGAUGUGAAGUUAAGUGUCCGACAUCGUCAGAAAUUUUAAAGCAUGAUGGGAAAUUGCGAAUGAGAAGUGUUAGUCGGCAAGAUUUCAGCCCUAAAAAAGGUGAACGCUGUGAAAUUAAGAAACCAUGCGAUGCAGAUAUUUUAUUUGGUGAUGGUUCAUUCCGAGGCGAAACACAUUCGCAGGUUGAAUUCACUGCCAAAAAAGGGGACAGAUUUGAAACUGUAAAGCCUAUCAACUCAGACAUUUGGAAGGAACAGCAAAAACAAGAGGAAUCUGUCGUAGAAAUGGAGAAAAAAUGCUGCAACUCAGUGUGUAAGGAAAACUUGGAAAAAACACAUUCGGAGCGCAUCAUGCACGAUAGAGUGGAGCAUAGUAAAGCAUAUAUAGAGAAUUGGAGGACAACGUAUACGGAAACAUUUUAUGAAGGAGUAUCAGCAGAGGAUUUUCGACGCGUUAUUCAACACCAAAAUGAAGAAUUCAAAUUUCCCGGGAAUCGAAGCAUUUCUCGUGCAUCGUUCAAAAUGCCAACAAUAUCUACAAAGCAAGUUCAGAUGACAUCUACUAAAUUGCACGAAUCAUUGUUUUGGCAAAAUGGUCAAGUAAAAGUAGAAUCUCAAUAUAAUACUGAUUUCGUGCCGAAGAUGAAACCAUGUCCAGCUGGUGAACUGAUUAAAUCGAUUGCUAAGAAUCAUUCCUCAACAGAACAUUUCGAAUUCUACCGUAUCCUUGGAGGACAUCAUUUCUAUGAACCAAGAGUUGACAAUAUGCAAAAGCAAGGAAGUGAUUAA